AUGAGCAUCUUUUCUUUGGUAACAGGAAGGCCUGGUCCUAGUGGGUUCGGAUCAGCUUCUACUGCUCAGGAGGUCACACAAGGGAUUGAUGCCACCAAUCUUACUGUCCUUAUCACUGGUGGGGCAAGUGGAAUUGGUUUGGAGACGACAAGAGUGUUGGCCUUACACAAAGCCCAUGUCAUUGUUGCUGCCAGGAACAUGGAUGCUGCAAACGAAGCUAAACAGCUUAUUCUUGAAGAGGAUGAGAAUGCCCGUGUUGAUGUUCUAAAACUUGAUUUGUCCUCUCUUAAAUCCGUAACAGAAUUCGCUGAUAACUUCAACGCUCUCGAUCUGCCUCUCAACAUCUUAAUAAACAAUGCUGGUAUCAUGUUCUGUCCCUACCAGCUCUCAGAAGAUGGAAUAGAGAUGCAAUUUGCAACAAAUCAUCUGGGUCACUUUCUUUUGACAAAUCUUCUUCUUGAUAAAAUGAAACACACUGCAAGAACUACUGGGGUUGAGGGGAGGAUUGUGAACUUGUCAUCAGUUGCCCACAUUCACACUUAUAAAGAUGGGAUUCAGUUCGAUAAAAUUAAUGAUAGGAAGAGCUAUUCUGACAAAAGGGCUUAUGGUCAAUCCAAGUUGGCAAACAUAUUACAUGCUAAAGAGCUUUCCCGUUGCUUUCAGGAAGAGGGUGUGAACAUUACUGCAAAUGCAGUCCAUCCAGGGUUAAUUAUGACAAAUCUCUUCAGAUACUCUGCAAUUUCAAUGAGCAUUUUGAAGUUUUUUUCUUUUUUCUUAUGGAAGAAUGUACCUCAGGGGGCAGCCACAACAUGCUUUGUAGCAUUGCACCCGAGUUUGAAAGGUGUUAGUGGGAAAUACUUUGUGGACUGUAAUGAGAUGGAACCCAGUGCAUUUGCUAGAGAUGAAGCAUUGGCAAGGAAGCUGUGGGACUUCAGCAAUAAGCUGAUUGGUUCUGUUUCAAAAGCAUGA